AACUUAUGACUAUUUGAGUGAUUUACCUCCAGCUGUAGAGAAUAUAGCUAUAAAUAAAGAUAUGUUGUGUCCUUAUACUACAGAGCUUGUAGAUAACUUAGAUAGUGGAUCUUUAGAAGGGUCCUUGCUAGAUGAUCUGAUAAAUAGAUCAUUAUUAUCAGAACAAGAAGCUAUGCGAACUGAGGCAGAUCUUAUGACUCUAGUAUAUCAAGACUGUCUUUUUAGUAAUGAAGUAUUCUAUGCUAAAAAUGUAGGUAUCCAAUCAAAAGACCAUAUUUUAUCUUUGGUCGAAUCAGAAAAGAAGGCUCUUUGCCCUAUAGAUACUAAAAUAUCUCCAGAGUUGGCUGAAGAAUGA